AUGAUCCCUUACUGCUCCUGCUCCUGCCUUCUGCUGCUGAGCCUUGGCACCUGCUUCCCUCCAGAUGAUGCUCUCCAGACACCCAGGAGAUACCCCGGGAAAGGGUUGGCGGCAACAGAAGAGCAACCUGGUUUCAGGGUCGUUGACUCCCCAAAGUGGAGGCGUUCGCCCGAAGACCUCUUCAGCAUAGCUAAGGAGCUCCAAAGCUUUGAGAGGGAAAAAGCCGGCAUCCAGUUCCGAUUUGGAAGGGGCAGAGAAGACGAGAACGAAGCCCUCAAUUACCUGCCGGAGGAAGAUGGCAGGAAACGGGGGGAUGCUUUAGGGAGCCUCGCGGAAGAGUUGACCGGCUACGGCCGAAAGAAGGGCGGGUUCAGCUUCCGCUUUGGGAGGAGAGUGGCGCAGUUCUGA